AUGAUCCGGCGAGGCUCAAGCGGAACGGGCCCGAUUUGGAGGUGGAGUCCACCGCUCGAGGAGGUGGCAUGCGUCCGCGAGGACCUCACGGACGAGUGCGAGCCGCACGGCUCGCUGCUCCACCUGCAGCUGCCGGGGCCGUCGUCGUUCUUCACCGUGCAGGGCGUGCGCCCGGUGCGCCGAGGGAUGUGGGGGAAAGGAGUGUGCGUGGGCACCUUCUGCUGCGCCGCUGACGGGCUCCCGCCACGCGAGCACGGCAUGGCGUGCCUGGGCAACGUCGAGCUCGACCUGUCGGCGAUGCCGACGCUGGAGCAGGCGCACGCGGUGAUCCGGCACUACGGCCCCACGUUGUUCUUCCACCCCAAGGAGGUCUACCUGCCGUCGUCCGUCUCCUGGUUCUUCAAGAACGGAGCCGCACUGUACAAGCGAGGUGGAAACACCACGGGCGAGGAGAUCGACGGCGAGGGGUCCAACCUUCCUGGCGGGGGUUGCAACGACGGGGAGUACUGGAUCGACGUUCCCAGCGGCGAGCGGGGCCGCGCCGUGUGCCGCGGCAACAUCGACAGCGCGGAGCUCUACGCGCAUGUGAAGCCGGCGAUGGGCGGCACGUGCACCGACGUGGCCAUGUGGGUGUUCUGCCCGUUCAACGGCCCGGCGAGGCUCAAGCUGGGCCCGAUCAGCCUCCCGCUGGCCAAGACCGGGCGGCACGUCGGGGACUGGGAGCACUUCACGUUCCGAGUCAGCAACCUCACCAGUGAGCUCAUGGGCGUGUACUACUCGCAGCACAGCGGCGGGCACUGGGUGGACGCCUCCGCGCUGGAGUACAUCGACGGCAACCGGCCCGUGGUGUACUCGUCCAGGAACGGGCAUGCGAGCUACGCGUACCCUGGUGUGUACCUGCAGGGCUCGGCGGCGCUCGGGGUCGGCAUCCGCAACGACGCCGCUCGGAGUAGUCUAUUCGUGGACUCCAGCGCCAGGUACCGCAUCGUUGCGGCGGACUGGCGGAGUAUCUGGGCGAGGGCGCCGUUGCCGAGCCGCAGUGGCUGCAGUUCAUGCGGGAGUGGGGUCCGACGGUGGUGUACAAGUCGAGGAAGCGGAUGGAGUGGAUGGUCGGGCGCCUACCUCCCCGGCUCAGGUGCAGAGCGGAGAGCAUGCUGA